AUGAAGUCCAGCAGCCUUAUUGUCUUCCUGGUGAUAUUUGCCUUUGGAUUCCUGAUGCCCUGGACUGUGGAAGGUGCUCCCAAACGUGAGUUGGACUUUCUCAGGCCAUACCCAGAAAAAGGCAAACCUGGAGCCUGUCCUUUCGUCCGCCCUGUGCCGUGCUUUGUAUAUGAACCCCCUGAGUGCCAGAGUGACUGGCAGUGUCCGAAGAGGCAGAAAUGCUGCCAGGGUCUUUGUGGCAUCAAAUGCACGGAUCCUGUAGACACGUCAAAGCCAGUCACUCCUGGGAAGUGUCCGGUGGUCACUGGCCACUGUGAGAGGCCCAACCCUGUAAACAUCUGCCAGGAUGACAGCCACUGCCUGAAUGGUUUCAAGUGCUGCAGGGGUCCGUGUGGGAAUUCAUGUGUCCUGCCGGUGAAAGAUUCAUCCUUUCCAGGUCAAAAACAUUAG